AUGAAGCUCAGCGCCGCCGCCCUCUCCCUUGCAUUCUUCGCAACGCUCGCCGCUGCGAAGCCAGAGCCGGUCAUCAACGAGGAUUUCUCCUAUACAUAUGCCGACCGGAUCGAGUAUGAGACGUGCACAGGAUAUCGAUUUUCGAACGAGCGGUGCCAGGGGAAACGUCUCGGCUCGCGCGUGACCAACUGGUGGGAUUGCCAGGACAUGGGCGGCAAGUGCUGCGGCCUGAAGAGGAACGGAGUCGGCGGAUUCUUGAUCGAUCCUGAGAAGCAAGGCGGCGGGAGCUACAGAUACGGAGGCUGUGAUUACUGUUUCUCAGGCGGCUGUGUGGCCUCGUAA